AUUCCAGUUAAGUGGUCUCCAGAAGUGAAAAAUCAUGAUGACUAGUUAGGUGAGGAGGUUGACUUUUCAUGAGUAAUUUACGCAUUAUCUGUAGAUUUACUGAUUUAUUUUACAGAUUAUGUAGUAGUGGUGGGUCAAUCAUCAGAGAUAGUCCAUGUUUCAUUGCAGCGGGCUAUUAAUCAACGAACGGUAACAACUUUUUGUCAGUAUCAAUUAAAAAAAUUGAUGCUGUGUACUGUUAGGUCCGAAAUGCUUUCUAUAUCUUUCUGUUAAUUCCAUUUUCUUUGUCCGCUCAAAAAUCUUAUGCCUAGUUAAAAAAAGGGAAAUCACUCUAAUUUACUAGAAAAUACUACUUAAACACCAAAUUAAUUAUUAUAAAAACGAUACCCUGGAAAACAAAGAUGACUAAAAGCUUAGAGAGAUGUUGAAACGUCCGAAGCCCGGUGAAGAUGAAGCAGAGCUGCUGGAGUUUCAGCGUCAGUUUCUUGCUCAAGGUGCUAGCCCAGCUGCUAAUCUUGUGAAAAAAACACCACAGGGACAAACUGACAGAGAUGUGGUCAAGAUACAAGAAAUGCCAGCAGAAGCCCCAUCAAGUAUCCAUGAGCAUCCCCCUGUGAAGAAAUCCCGCUUUAAAGCAACAAGACCUGUAAGAGAAACAAAAGGAAAUCCAAAUUUCACAGUGGAUGCACAUCUGAAAGAUGAUGUCAUUGAUGACCAUGAUCAUAGCAGAGCAACUGUUUUGACAAAAAUCAUUGAGAAGGACACUCGGAAUGCUCAUUUUAGUGUCCCUGCUCAUGUCAGCCUACCUUUCCCAGCAAUGGCCAAACUCUCUGAUGAUAAAAACAAGGAACCAUUAAAGAGAAAGCGAAGUUUGUUUGCACAGCAGUUCAACAAAACUUCAUUACCAACACCAUUAGAAAGAGACAGUUUGGGGAAAGACGGAAAGGGUGAUGGGUCACAUGUGGUUGACGGGAGCGGACUGAGUGCAACCUUUGGCAGUCGGGAAGCAGUUGAAAUACAUCAAGAGAAUCUUUCACGUCUCACUUCCUUGUCACCAACUGAGAUUGCGCAGGAGAGGGAAAGAUUGAUGCAGACUCUUGACCCCAAACUAAUAGAGUUUCUGAGAACAAGGAAAGCUCAGAAAUCAACUGAGGAACAAUCUUCUGAGUGUGUUGCCAUGGAAACAGAAUCAGAAUCCUACAAAUCUUCGGUAGAAAAGAGAGCUGAAGACAAAAUGGAGCCUCCAAUAGAAGUGGAUAGCAACUGGGUCCACAUGGGAUCUGUGGAACAUGACAAACUGGCAUGGAUGAAGGACCUCCCCACUCCAUCUGCUGGUCAUUCUCAAACUGGAACCCAGGCACGUUUUGACUUUGAUGGGAACCUGUUACCUCCUGAUGCAGAUAUUCCCGUCAACCUUGGCCUUCAUCACCAUGGAGAUGAACCUGAGCGUGCAGGUUACACGCUGGAGGAACUAUUCACAUUGUCACGAAGCAGUAACAACCAGCAGCGGGUUCUGGCCCUCAACAUUCUGGCAAAGAUAAUCACACAGGCAAAGCAAGGUUGUCUAUCAGAGCUCGUUCAGAGUCCAGUGUUACCAAGUAUUCUUGACGCGGGUGUGGUUUUCCUGCUACGUUGGUCCCUCGAUGACAGUGUGGACGCUGUAAUGGCCGCUGCUGUUGCUGCCCUUAAUGCUCUCAUUGUAAACCACGCUGAUGAGUUUGCCCUUAGAAAAGUGAUACAUUGGUACCAUGGUUACCGGGUGACCAGUCAAGCUCCUGUUCACCAUGAGUCUGUGGGAAUCAAGCUUCCAGGAGAGUCUGAGGAGAAGCCACAGGAAACUGAUGCAGUAGUCAUAAAAAGGGAUGUGAUUUUGGGUUUGGUGUCUCGUACAAACUUCUUGGCGAGGCUGUAUUACGUGUUGAACACAGUGCGUCCCCAGGCCCCUACAGUUGUGGCGUGUCUACAGAUUCUAACAACAGUGGCGCGACAUUCCUCACAGACUGCCUACCAGCUGAUGAAUCAGAAAGGCCUGGUUGAUCUUGUCAUCAAAGAGUUUUUUCCAGUGUCCGGUGCUGCAAAAGACAUACAAACAGUUGGUGUAAGCAAUGUGUACGGGCAAGCAGUGAGAGAGGCCCUAUCCCUGGUGCUGACACUCUGUCAGGCUGGCAAAAACAUGGCCCAAGCUCUGCUUCAAAAAUAUGGCAUACAAGAAAGACUCUUACAUUAUAUACUUGCUGAUACCAGUGUUGGUGAGGAACACAGCCGAGCUUUGAGAGUGGAAGCGUUGAAUAUAUGGAAGGUGUGCCUGUCAUAUGGGCUGGCUGAAACAAUAUACUUAGAUGCAUACCCAAAGUUUGCGGAGGAGUUGCGUUCCAGCCUCAUUUUGGAAGAUGUAAGGUCACAUGACCAGCUCUCUGCUCUGAUUGGCUGCCUGGAAAUGGCAGUAGCUACUGCCACAGCACAGCACAAGAAACAUGGGUUUAGACGAGAUGUUGAGACUAUGGAUGAGGCUAGUGUUGCAGAGACAGGACCAAGCCUUAACUGGGCCCAUGUGACAGACCUUGCCCAGCCCAUCUCUCUGAUUAUGCAGUCUCAACUCACACACAUUGCUACCAACUACCAAAUAUCUAAGCCAAGCCUACAGCUCUGUCAGUCUUGUCUGAAUUUCCUGACCACAUACUUCAUUUGUGCACAAAACCAGUUACAUGAGGGGGACUUGAUCAACUGCCUACAGGAAAUGGAGAAAAUCUUCUCUUUUGUCAUUCAACACUGGAACUCCAUUGGACUGCAGUAUAUCAGAACCCAUAUCAGUGCAUACUCAAACAUUGUUCAACACCUCAAGCCUAGCUCAGAAAUGAGCAGCUGUCUCCCUGAUUAUUGGAACUCUUCAGUGGAGGAGGAACAUUUAGUACCAACAGUGAGGCUACACACAACCAUUGGCUUCAUAGUGGCUCUCUACAGACUACUGUAUCAUUUUCCCAAAAUACACAAAGGGCUGCUGAAAUCAGGCUCUGGGGUGAGUGUGGCUAGUGUUAUCCAGUGUCCAGACAUGUGGUCCUAUGCAAGAAAGAUUGUGCAGUCAGGGUCAGCGGCACCGAGCUACUUCACCAAGUUUGAGACUCACCUACUCUACUUCUUCAUUAAAAUCAACAUGUUGCUGUUGACGUCAGAGGAUUUUGUCAGUUUUGACAGACUGGUUCUACAUCACCUGUCUCUGACUCUCAUAACCAGUCUACAGUAUGGAGAUGAAUACCUCAUACAUGACUUACUUUCAACUGUAACUUUCUCACAGCAACUUUGCAAGAGAAGCAGCGAGGAAAUAGCAGCCAGUGGCCUGAAGGAUAUGAGUGUGUCUGAUCAGCCGUCCACAUGUCUACAUGUGGUGUCCAAGGAUGAGGCCCAGUUGACUUCUGCCCGACUCAGUGAGGAAGCCUGUUCCUGCCUACCCUCUGUUAGGGCCUCGUACAUGGAAGCGUUUGCUGACAUGGAGGGUGCUGUGAUGAAAUCGAGGAGCCACUUCUUUCAAGGAAACAUAGAGACACUGACUUGCUACACCAGCAGUAUUGGAGAAAGCCUCAUGCCCCAAGACUGGGUCUACAUGCCCCUCAUAGAACUAUACAACCAGUAUUCCACUGUAGGUCUUGAGGUCCAGAAUGCCUUAUCAGCAUGCCAGCUGGACAUGGUUCGUAACGUUCUACGCUGGGUGUUUUUGCUGGAGUGUAACCGCACAGCCAGACUGGAAAAUGUGCCCAUCACGCUGAAAAUUUCCCGAAUCAUGUGUGUCUUUCUGACAGGUAAUGACAUGUUCCUGGACCGAACUGUCCACUGUUACAUGGAGGGGUUACUGCGUCUACUCUCAACCCCAGCAAACAUGCGAAGACUGGACUUGGAACUGCCUAUUCCUGGCUUACCCUCAUUCUAUGAUCUGUAUGUAGCGCUACUAGAGCAGUUUGAGGCAGUGUCAUUUGGUGACUCGUUGUUUGCCUGCUUCCUGUUGAUUCCUGUACAGCAGAAACACGACCUCAAGUAUCGGAGAGCCAUAUGGACAGAAUAUACCGGAAUUCUCCGCACCCUUUCACUACCUUUAAACGAGCUGCUGUUUGACAUGGAAGAUUUCCUUUCCCCUGAAGAGACCUGCGUGGAGAUAGUUCGUCUCUACUUCCAGUCUGUAUACUCCGGAAAAUUGCGGCCCACCUGGUCCCCCGUCCUCUAUCUUGUGGCGAUACACCACAUUAACAGGUUCAUGUACACACAGGAUGGGAAACAUACGCACCUUAAGGCUACCAUGAUGGAAAAGGCCCUCACAUGUAGCAAUCAGGAAUUAAGCCACCACCUUGUACAUUACAAGAAUGCUGACCUGACUCAGCCAUUUGGGAUGGAACUGUAUACAGAACUCCCAGCAAUCCGACAGAAAUACAUAGACUCACUUAAACCUCAACAUUCCUGAUGGUUUAAAAUCGCAGCUUGAUCAGUGAAACAAAUCUAAAUAACCUCUGUGUUAUCUAUUAUUGUAAGUCAGUGCACUGAUCACCGAAAGAUGACAUAAAAAAGUAACACAGCCUUAUUCGUGUACAUUUGAUUUCAUAAAAAAUGGAUGAAACCCAUGAAAAUGUCAAAUAAUUGUUUUUUUUGUUUUUAUAAAAGAAUGUCUGAUCAAACGUAAUAUUUACCGGUACAUUUUUUGUUUGUUUGCCAUUUCUAGAAAAUAAAUCUGA